UCAGUAAUCUUCUGUCGUAUGUGUAUUGUAUUAUAAUUUAAUUUUUUUGGUGAAAACGCAAAAACUAAGAGUUUUAGUAUUAAUCGUCGUAAUCAAUUGUACCGAUUAUGUCAUUUUUUAUAGUCUAAUUUUUUUAAGGUAUUAAUAUAUCGAAACAGCACCAAACUCUUCCAAUCUGAAGUUAAAACAUUUGUUAUUGUGCUCUCUCAAGACUCGAGACCGUCGGCCUUACCGUGUAUUAAAAAGGCUACGCGCUGUAGUGACCAUGAGUGGGUCGUGGGAGGAGUUCUUUGCGACGCACCUGCCUCCCACUGACUUCGAGGACAACCGCUCCUUGCUCAAGGAGUUCUGUGAACGGCACGACCGACAGGGACACAGGAUCGUAUUGGUUACUUCUGGCGGCACCACAGUACCACUCGAACAUAAUACGGUACGAUUCGUGGAUAACUUUAGUGCGGGAAAGCGCGGCUCGGCGUCGGCAGAAUAUUUUCUGGAGCAAGGCUACGCGGUCAUCUUUAUGCAUCGGCUGAAGUCGUUGGAGCCCUUCACGAGACACUUCAACGGCCAGAAGUUACUCGACAUGCUCGAGAUGCAAGAUGAAUCCCAUAAUACUACUAUCAGAGUGAAACAGGACAGCGUGUUCGCCUUGGCCCCGGUGCUGUCGCGGUAUCAGGCGGCGCACGCGGCCGGGGCCAUCCUGCACGUGGCCUUCACCACGGUGUCCGAGUACUUCUGGCUGCUGAGGGCCGCCUGCGAGGUGCUGGCCAAGUCCGGCCCCAGAGCUCUGCUGUACCUGGCCGCCGCCGUCUCGGACUUCUACAUACCCAAGGAUAGCAUCCCCACCCACAAGAUGCAGUCGGAGAGCGGGCCUCCGGUGAUCCAGCUGCAUCUGGUGCCGAAGCUGCUGGCGCCCCUCGUCAACCUCUGGGUUCCUAGCGCCUACGUGGUCUCCUUCAAGCUGGAGACCGAGGAGAAUCUGCUCAUUCCAAAAUCGAGGGCGGCUCUGGAGAAGUACAAGCAUAAGAUGGUGAUCGCUAACAUGCUGCAGAACCGGCAUCAGCGAGUGUUGGUCGUCACCAGGGAGGCCAAUCAGGAGAUCCUGCUCUCGAGGGAAGAGCUACUGGCGGGCGCAGACAUCGAGGCGGGGAUAGUCGGCGUGAUAGUGGGCCACCACUCGGAGCACAUGGCGCACUCCGAGGCCCGCUGAGGGCCGCUUCUCCCUCGCAAGAGGCUCUACCUCGUCGACUAGCCGAGACGCCUUCGAAUGGCCGAACCAUCCCGGUUAAGGAAGUAAUUUCUGUCAAAUCGGGAGGCACUCCUCUCCACUUCUCCACUCCUGUCGACGUCUUCUAAUAUUCCUUACGCCUUCGGAUCGCACUCCGAUUCAUAGAUUAUUCUGCCUUCGGAUUCCACUGACUGAGGCCAUUUUAUAUUUAAGGUAAACGUAACUGGGAAAUUAAUAGAGGUAAAAUUCCAAACAAUAAUGUAAUAGAUUCAGGGUUAUCUGGUUGUUGUCGCUCGCCAUAGUUUAGGCACAUUCUUCAUAAAUCUCCAUACUUCAGACGGAUUAAUAUACCAAAACUAGCACUAGCUAAAGAUCCUUAAUAGGAAUUGCCAUGAGAAAGAUGUAUAAGUAUACAACAUAGUUAUAGUUGCUAGAAUCGUAUUUCGCCAAAAUCAUUAAAUCCCUAUUUUAGAUAUCUUCUUUAUUAGACAAUUUCAAAAUCACCCUGACCAUUAAUACUGAACUCCUACAUAUCUCUUAAAGUGUAUGUUUUCUAUCGCCGAGACGGAGAAUAAUAUCUCUCAUUUCACCAAAGCAAUCGUCUGUUUCUAUUCACGUGUGUUGUUGUUUUGUGCAGAAACUAAGCUAAAGGUUACGCACCACAUAAAACAUUUCAGACAAGUGUAGUCCAAUAUUAUUCUCCGGAUCGGAUGUUCUAGCAUUAAUCGACGACAAUUGUGUAUAAACAACUAUGUUUACACGUUGUGUUUAAAUUGAAAAUAUUCUCUUGUAAUGUAUAGAUUUUACAUGUUUGUUACGUGUUUAUGAAUAAAAUCUUCUUAAAAAUUAAUAUUAAUGUCUGGGUGCCUGUGUGCUUUCGUAAAUCUUUCUCUGGAUAAUUCCAGCCAGAUCUCUUAACUAUGUUUAUAAUUAAAAUUAUUAUGAUGUUUUAAAUUAUUAACAUAUCAGUGCGCUAAACGCAUCUAAUGAAUAAGAACUCUUUCGUGAAAAGAAAUAAAAUUGUUUUCUAUCGUUCUGGUUUUACCCCGGGUUCGAUAGUUUUGUGGCAUAACUGUAGUGCAACCCUCCUUAUAUUAAAACGAUGCGUAAAAUAAGUUAUGUAAAUGUUACAAUAUAUUGAUUAGUUUUAUAAAUAUAUUUAUUGGAUUUUGAAGGGUAUUUAUAGAUGUUUGUGAUUCUUGUUAAGAAUAAUGUAUGUUCUGAUUAUUAGACAUAGUACAAAUAUAAUCUGUUUGGAA